AUGGCAAAACCUAUACCUAAAAAGGGUUCGCGUAAAAAUGGACGUAUUGGUUCGCGUAAGCAUACUCGUAAAAUACCAAAGGGAGUUAUUCAUGUUCAAGCUAGUUUCAACAAUACUAUUGUGACUGUUACAGAUGUACGAGGUCGGGUGAUUUCCUGGUCCUCCGCCGGUACUUGUGGAUUCAAGGGUACACGAAGGGGGACGCCUUUUGCCGCUCAAACCGCAGCAGGAAGUGCUAUUCGAACAGUAACGGAUCAGGGCAUGCAACGGGCAGAAGUCAUGAUAAAAGGUCCCGGUCUCGGAAGAGAUGCGGCAUUAAGGGCUAUUCGUAGAAGUGGUAUACUAUUAAAUUUUAUACGAGAUGUAACACCUAUGCCACAUAAUGGAUGUAGAUCUCCUAAAAAAAGACGUGUGUAA